UCUCGUGUGCUCUCUACCGAUCAGAGUGCGCUGUCUAUUCAUCAAAAUACACUUCUAUACAAAUCGCUCUUUCUCUCACCCUUUCUCUCGUUCCUCCAUGCUUUUAAGAUGUAGUAGGCUACAAGCCUAUUGCUAUGUUGACUUUUUGAUUUAGGCUGCACUGCAGGAUUACGAGUCAUUCAUUUGGAAACACAUGUGAGUGGACAGUAGCGCAUUUACCGGGAGAUGGAUAACAAUGCCAGACAGUGCAUAGACAACACAGAAUUGAACUUCUGUGCAUCGACAACAACUUUGUAACGACACUACUGUAGCUACGAGUCGGUUGAACGUUAUUGUGAAUAUGCAUCUGAAGUGCAUAUGCACUCUCUUCCAUCAAUUAUGCUUUCUCGGAGCGUUUGCAGUUGCAGAUCCGCAUCCAUUCCAGGAGACUGAAAUCGUAUUCCCGGAGGUUUUUCCAGACACAAGCCCACCGGCUCCCGAUAAACCAAAUAGCCGGGAGACUGACGCCAGUGCCGGGAGCAGUUCCCGGGAGGUCCGUUCCAUUUCAAACUGGGACGAAUACGAGUCUCCAGAGCUGUACCAUUUGGAACCUCCAAGACCGCAAACACGACUGAAACUAAAAAUUCCAGCUUUUGGCCGAAACUUGCAUAUCAUAGUGAAGAGAGACACUCGGUUUCUGUCCCAGAAAUUCAUGGUGGAGAGGAGACAGAAAGCACGAAAGGCAUCUCCAAGCAACGGGCCAGGUUCGACCGCUGCCAACUCAGAGAAAGCGUGCUAUUACAGCGGGACUGUUCUCAAUUACGAAGGAUCUGUCGCCUCAUUCAGCACCUGCGCAGGACUGAUGGGUUUCAUUCAGAUCAAUAAUGAUUUCCUCUACAUUGAGCCUGUGAACCAGACAUUGGCUGUCACAGGACAGGCUCAUCGCGUGUACCGGAGGAAACGCUCAACAGAAGAGAGGACAUACAAACAGACAGACAACACCACGGAGAAACAAACAACUGGCCACUACUGCGGAGUCAUUCCUGAAAAACUGAGAAGUAAGACCAAGAGACCCACUGAAGGGGGGAGAGGGAAGAGGUACUCGUACAAGCUACUUCAAGAGUACAACAUUGAGACACUGGUAGUGGUUGAUCCAGCAAUGGUCAGCUAUCACGGCACUGAGGCAGCUAAACGUUUCAUCCUCACUAUCAUGAACAUGGUUUUCAACUUAUUUCAGCACAAGAGCUUGGGCAUUCAGAUGAAUAUCAGACUGACUAAACUAGUGCUGCUUCAUGAUACCCCCACUGACAUGUAUAUUGGGCACCAUGGGGAGAAGAUGCUGGAGAGUUUCUGCCGCUGGCAGCAGGAGGAGUACGGGAGGAAGAGCGCCCUUUAUGACUUCAGUACCCGGUGGAGAGAGGACCUUCCCUCUGUGGACACUGCCAUUCUCAUCACACGGAAAGAUUUCUGCGUGCAUAAGGAUGAACCAUGUGACACUGUAGGUAUUGCCUAUCUAAGCGGUAUGUGCAGUGAGAAAAGGAAGUGCAUUCUGGCUGAAGACAAUGGGCUCAACCUUGCCUUUACUAUUGCCCAUGAGAUGGGUCACAAUAUGGGCGUUAGCCAUGACAAUGACCACCAGUCAUGUGCAGAUGGUCUUCACAUCAUGUCGGGUGAGUGGGUCAAAGGGCAAAAUCUGGGUGACGUGUCCUGGUCCAGCUGUAGCCGUGGCGACAUUGAGAAGUUCUUGAGGUCCAAAUCCAGCAGUUGUCUUCUUCAGACUGACCCUCUGAGCCUGAAUUCAGUGAUUCUGCCCUCCAAGCUCCCAGGGAUGACCUACACUGCAGACGAACAGUGUCAGAUCCUUUUUGGCCCCAGUGCAUCACACUGCAAGAACAUGCAGUAUGUGAUGUGCUCUGGCUUAUGGUGUCUCGUGGAUGGAGAGAAAGACUGUAAGACCAAGCUGGAUCCCCCUAUGGAUGGUACAGCGUGUGACACUGGCAAGUGGUGUCGUGCUGGGGACUGUGUGAGCCGGGGGCCACCGGCGGAGCCCACAAUGGGAGAGUGGAGCCCCUGGGGCUCCUGGGGAGCUUGCAGUCGAACUUGCAGCACCGGGGUCAGCGGCAGGCAACGCAAGUGUGAGAGCCAAAGGUUGAGCUGGAAAAGCCGGGACUGCAUUGGCCUCAAGAUGCAGUACAGGCUGUGUGAGAACAUGCCCUGCCCUUCCGGCAUCCCUAGCUUCAGAGACCAGCAGUGCCAGACUUUCAACCGCCCCUCCCUCCACUGGCACGCAGUCAUGGACGACGAGAGGCCAUGCACACUGUUCUGCUCCUCCUCUGGGAAGGAACAACCCCACCUCCUGGCUGAAAAGGUCCUUGAUGGGACUUCCUGUGGUCCACAGGAAGCAGGUCUCUGUGCCAACGGGACUUGUCAGAAAGUGGGCUGUGAUGGGAUCCUUGGCUCCAUGGCCAGAGAAGAUCACUGUGGAGUAUGUAACGGCAACGAAAAGUCCUGUAAGGUUGUCAAGGGAGAUUUCAACCAGACGGGAGGGGCAGGCUAUGUGGAAGCCGUGGUUAUUCCUAAAGGGGCCAGGAGAAUAAGAGUGGUGGAGCAAAUACCCACUCAAAGUUAUCUGGCUCUCAAAGACACAAGCAAGAAUUCCAUCAACAGCGACUGGAAGAUAGACCACCCAGGUUCUUUCAACAUGGCAGGCACAACAGUCCACUAUGUCAGGAGGGGACUCUGGGAGAAAAUGUCUGCCAAGGGUCCCACCACAUCUCCUCUGCAUUUUAUGAUGCUGCUGUUCAAUGAGCAGAACCAUUGCAUCCACUAUGAGUACACCAUCCCUACAGAGGCCAGCCCAGAGUUCCAGGGAGGACUGGGAACAGGCCCCAAAACGUCUGAGCCUCUCUUCAUGUGGACCCACUCUGGGUGGGAGGACUGCGAUGCUGUGUGUGGAGGAGGAGAAAGAAAGACUAUUGUCACCUGUAGCAAAAUUGUCAACAAAACUACAAGCGUGGACAACAGAAAAUGCCGGCACCUCACCAAACCUGAACCUCAAGUUCGCAAAUGUAACGAGCAGCCCUGUCAGAUGAGGUGGAUGAUGACAGAGUGGACUUCUUGCUCUCGUACCUGCGGUAAGGGUUCUCAGAGUAGACAAGUGGCCUGCACCCUCCAGCUACGCAACGGGACUCUUGUCAAGGCCAAGGACUGCGUCGGACCCAAACCUGCCCAUAUGCAACGCUGUGAAGGACAGGACUGUCUCACUGUGUGGGAAGCUGGGGUCUGGUCUGAGUGUUCCGUCAAGUGCGGUCGAGGGGCACGUCACAGGCUUGUUAAGUGCACCAACCCACGCAAGAAGUGUGAUCUGACAACCCUGCCCCGUGAGGUGGAGGAAUGUGAGGACUAUUCCAAGUGCUACAUCUGGAGGACAGGUGACUGGGCCAAGUGCUCCGUGACUUGUGGUAAAGGUAUGCAGUCCCGGGUGAUCCAGUGCAUGCACAAGAUCACCGGGCGUCACGGCAACGAGUGUUUCUCCUCGGAAAAGCCGGCAGCAUACCGACCAUGUCAGCAGCAGGCAUGCAACGAGAGGAACAACGUCAAUACCAUCACUUCACCGCGCUUGGCUGCCCUGACUUUCAAAUGUUUACGGGACCAGUGGCCAGUUUACUGCAAAGUCAUCCGUGAGAAGAACCUGUGUCAGGACAUGCGCUGGUACCAACGCUGCUGUGAAACCUGCCGGGACUUUUAUGCACAGAAGCUGCAGCCAAAAAGUUGACAUUCUCUUCCUCCCCUCUUCUAGGGAGCAUACUGUUCAUGAUUCCUUUUAAUGUCAAUGAACAUAUGCACUUAUUCCAACACACAGAACAGUCUGAACAAGUCUCACCUAACCAGCACCACGCUACUGGCAUUGUAUAUUUUUCCUCAUUAUAUUAUGUUCUAGGUCCUUUGACCAUACAGAAACAAUCAGCUAUGUUUUGCUUGUACAAGUCUACCAAGUCAAAAGUUCUAUUAUUCUUCUGUUAUGAUUUUUUAUGCUAAUGGAGCUAAUUGUUUUUAUACUUUUCUACAAUUUUCUAUAAUGCUGUACUUAUUUCCACAGUCGUUAUUUCUUUAGCCUACACAAUGCAAGUAAAGUCUAAUUACACCCUUAAAUUUCUAUAUUAAAAGUUAGGAGCAAUUCAAAGGUGGUUGUUUAAAUUUAGCAAACAAAACAGCAAAGCCAUUGUACUGUACAAUUAGGUCACACAAAAAUGUAUGACAACAUAUGUGACAAAUUUCCAAAAAUCAUGAGGACAUACAAUCCAGAGUUAACCGUUCUGGAUUUCGUCCAUAGAUUAAUGCUAUACAAUUCAUUUUAAAUGCGCUUCCAUCUAGAUUAUAGCUGUGUAGAAAAUGUAGCUACUAGAAAACAAUGUAGGGAAAAAACAUGACUUUAUUACUAUUCCCACCAUCUUGCACCAAACAAGAUGUUUUGUUUUGUGAUAUUAAGAGUAGUUAGCAUGUAGGCAUUUGACAACCUUGUUUUGAAUUUGUGGAUACAAUGCCUUUAAAGAGGAUUAUCAAGGGAAAUAAUCCCCAAUUGGAUGUCAAACAAUUACAGAGAUUAAAGAGAUAAAGGGACAUAACAUUUUCGUUUUGUGAGCUAAACCUAAACCUAGAACCCAAGAUUUUGAGCAUUUCCAUACAGGGCAGUGUGGCUUAAGGUAUUCAAACUCAUGAACACAAUAUGGCCAAAUAUUCUGAUCUAAGUUUUUUAACAAUCCUAGAUGCUCCACCAGUGCAAGAGGACAAUCUGCUGUACAUCGUUAUUCACAAAUUAACAAUUUUUACAGUUUUGAAAGUGCUAUUCCACACUCCUCUACUUGAAUAUAGAUAUGAUACACUGUACACGUUUACACUGAAGUACUGCUGCACUGGCAUGGGUUCCAAUGAACCUUCAGUUUGGACAUCACAUGUUGCAAAAUUACUGCUUGGUUUAUGUCUUCUGUUAUUGGCUGAGAAGAAGUUGUGGAUGAGUGUAUCUGAGUGAUAUGAAAUGAUUAUAGGAUUUUUUUAGAGACAAAGCAACUUUGAACUGAAGUUCCUCCUAUGUAUGUAGCAUAUUUUCUUCCCCUUCAUGCAGUUGUCUUGGAGAAUAAACUCCCAGCAUAUGUUUCUAUCAAAAAAUAAAGAUGAAUUC